GAUAACAAAACGUGGAGCUGGAUGAACACAGCAGGCCCAGCAGCAGGGGUGGGGGUUGUGGCAACGGUAAUGAAGGACCCCUCCUCCCUCACGCACCGGCUCUACCGGAAAAAAAACCCGAUCCGCCCAGAACCGGUUCACUCGGCGGCGGCGACAGCAGCAUCGAGCAAUCGCCUCCUCUUACUGACAGCAGGGCACUUGUCUGAGACCUACCUGAAGCAAAUCAUCAAUCCGACUUCUGCCUCAACGACGACGACGAAUUUUUUUUUAUAUACGAAAAAGGAACCGCUGUAGAAGAGGAAGCAUCUAACUGUGACCUCACCGAUGAUCUAAAUAAGGAUUAUGUCUACAAAUGAAGUUUUAUCAAGUAACCUAUCAGAGUCAAAUAGUGUACUGGAACUGCCAAGUACAUACAGCUUACCAAAUAUAAGUGAACAGCUGAUGUUUGAAGAUAUUGUCAGAAAACAUUCAGAUUCUGUUGUUAUCACUUCUGCCUCAGCGACGCCCAUUACAAAUAUAGAUUCAAAUCAUUCAAACUCUGAAGAUUGCAACUCCACCAUUGGGAUAGCAGAAUUGCAUCCAAAAGUAGAAGGUGAACCUGGACACAUUAACGUUGCCCAGACAGUGGAAGAUUUUUACAACGAUGCAGGAGAAAGGAAACUGGUGGAGUUGGACCCCGUUUCAGAACGAAUUGCACAUCUGCUGACAUCAAAGAUUUCACAACUGAAAGAAGAGAGAGGUGGUCAGUAUUUACUGCGAAGCUUCCAAAUGGCCCUUGUUUUGUUUACUAGACAUGGUGCCGACAUCUUUCCAAUAGGAAAUUGUAAAGGUGGGCAUUUCUCCUCUGUCAAUUCUGCCUUCAAUUCAUUGGAAUUCAGCUGUUUGCCUGGACUCUCAAAGGAUGUUGUCAGUUUUAUUCUGCAAGAGUUUCAAAAUGAGCAGAUACAAUGACAUGAAAUAUAUUAAAAAUGUUUAAUAUAAAAUAUUUUGACAAUAGUAACCACAAUUAUUAUCAACAGUAAUUACAAUAUGUUUGCAAUUGUAAGGAAGUGCAUUCAUUAAAAUAUCAGAGGGAUAUUAUGCAAAUGAUUUACUAUCUGACAUCCAGUAUAACUGAGUGUUUUGUAGGUUUAGAUUUUAAGAUGUAAGAUUGAUUUUAUGUAGAAAUUAUCUCAUAUUUAAAAGCAAUGAAAUUUUUAGUUAUCUGCAAUGUAGAAAUUAAUGUUUCUGUAUUGUAAGUGUAAGCAAUUGCGAUGAAAUGCAUACCAGCCUAUUAAAUACUUGUCAUUUUUGUUCUUUUUUAAUGAAAACAAACAAAAUCAAUCUGAGUAUAUUAAUUCACCAAGUUGAAGGAGAAAAUCUGAUCCAACAAAAGACAUGAAAUGAACUGUAAGCCAGCUACUGAAUUCCUGGCUUUUGGUCACAACAUAUGUGUAUUUGAUUUAGUAGCAGCAGUAAGUCAAUGGGCCAUGAGUCUGCUCUGCUGUUCAAUAAGAUCGUGAUUAAUCUGUCUGUGUUUUGCAUUUCACAUUUCCACUAUGCACUUUGACUUCCUUGCCUAACAACAAUUUACCGACCUAUGUUGUGAAAAUAAUCAAUGCGGUGCUUCUGCUACCUUCUGAAGCCGAAAGCAACAAAGUUUCAAAACCCUCUAAGAGUAAAGAAGACUCCUCACCUCUGCCCUAAAAGGGCAACACCUAAUUUUUAAACUAUUUUUAAAUAUUAGUUUUAAAAGUUUAAAAAAUAUUUUGUAUUUUAUCUUCUAAUUUUCUGUAUUCAAACACAAGAGACAAUAUCUUUUCCAUGUCCAACUUUUAAAGUCGUUUGGGAUCGAUAUAUUUAAACACGUCACCCUUCAUUCAUCUAAACUCCAAUGAAUAUAGCUAAGGUUCUUCAGUCUUUCCACAUAAGACAAUCCACCAAUUCCCGAUAUCAAUCUAUUAAAUUAAACCAAAAAAACACAGAUGCUAGAGAUCUGAAAGAAAAAUGAAAUUGCUGGAGAUCUGGCAGCAUCUGACAGAAUUGAUGAAGAGUCACCAGACUCAGAACUUUAAUUCUGCAUUCUUCGCAUAGUUGCUGCCAGGUCUGCUGAGUUCCUUCAGCAAUUCCUGCUUUUGUAUCAAUCUAAUAAAACUCCUCUAACCUGCCACUGCUAUCUUUAUGUGCUUCCUUAAAUUAGAAAACCAAAACUGCACAGCUUGUAUGUUACCCUACAUUCUGAGCCACUACUUUGUGCUUUACCUACUUUUAAUGCAGCAUCAAGUUAAAUGUCUUCUGGAAAUCCAAGUAUAGUAUGCCCACAGGCGCCACUUUAUCUUCAGAGAACUCCAAUAAAUUGGGGUUAAGCAUGAUCUCCCUUUCACAAAAUCAUGCUAACUUUUCCAUACUGCCUUUUCUAAGUGUCCAUUUAUAAAUUCCUUAAUGAUUGAUUCUGACACUUUUCUCAUGAUGUCAAGCUGAAUGACCUAAUGGUUUCCUUUUUCUGCCUUCCCCCCUUCUUAAGUAGGGGAGUUAUAUUUGUUUCUUUCCGGUCUGAUGGAACUUCAAUGUAUCUACUACCUCAUUCCUCACCUCUUUUAAGACCCUAGGAUGAAAGCCUAUCAGAACCUGGAGAUGUGUUAGCUUGCAGCUCUGUCAGUGUGCUGAGUACCACUUCCCUAAUUUCACCAAAUUCCUCUGUCCCUCACAACUCCUGAUUUACAGACAUUACUGGAAUGCUUCCUGUAUCUUGUGUAGUGAAGACAGAAGCAAAGUAUCUGUUCAUUACCAUUUCCUUAUUUCCUACAACUUUCUCCCCAUUUACAUUCUCUACAGAGCAAUAUUCACUUUAACUUCUUCAUUCAUUCAAGGGAUAUUGCUGUUGUGUUGCCAUAGUCUUAUCAGACAAUCAGGCUGCUCUCUCAUUAGAUAGAAAUGACUGGUGGUGAUUUAACCUGAGGGCCACCAUACCUCAGGGCGAAGGGAGAGGCUGAGAAGGAGAGUCCUCCGUGGUAACCAGAGCCAGUGAUGGGAAUUGACCCCACACUGUUGGAAUCAGAAUGCUUUGCAAACCAACCAUCCAGCCACAUGAGCUGGCUAGACUAGAUUUAUUAGCUAUGUCUAAUUGUCCUGAGGGCAAUUAAGAUUUAACCACAAUUCUGUGGGUCUGGAUUCACAUGUUGGGGCGAGACCAGCUAAGGGUAGCAGAUUUACUUCCCUAAAGGAUAUUUGUGAAUCAGAUGGGUUUUUAUGUUACAUGGCUGCUAUUAGACUAUCUUUUAAAUUCCAGAUUUCUACUGAAUUCAAAUUACACCAUUUUUCAUCAGAAUUGUGAAAACUUCAUGCAAGCAUGAGGAAUGGUAAAGCUGUCUCACCAGGUCAAAGAGUAGAAGCUGGGGAGAGUUAGUUAAACCAAAAUUAAAGAGUCAGGACGAGGGGAAUAUGUCUUUGGAAUUGAGCAUCAAUUAAAGAGUAUUUUUCAUAGAAUCCCUACAGUGUGGAAGCAGGCCAUUCAGCCCAUCAAGCCCACACUGCCCCUCAAAAGAGCAUCCCACCCACACCCUUACUCUAUCCCUGCAUUUCCUGUGGCUAAUCCAUCUAGCCCCACAUCCCUAAACACUAAGGGCAAUUUAGCAUGGCCAAUCCACCUAACCUGCGCAUCUUUGGACCGUGGGAAGAAACUGGAGCACCCAGAGGAAACCCUCAUAGACACGGGGAGAAUGUGCAAACUCCACACAGACAGUCACCCAAGGCCGGAAUCAAAUCCAGGUCCCUGGCGCUGUGAGGCAGCAGUGCUAGCCACUGAGGCACUAUUUGAAACUUUAUUUUUGUUGUGCAAAGAUCUCUCAAA